AUGACAGCCUCUACAAAAUCAGAGGCGCAAAAGCCCGUCUCGGUGCUCUUCGUCUGUCUAGGCAACAUCUGCCGCUCACCAAUGGCCGAAGGAGUAUUCCGGCACAUCACAAACCACACACAUCCAAACGCGCACCCAAUGAUCUCCCACAUCGACUCCUGCGGCACCGGCGCCUACCACGCCGGCGAACCACCAGACCCUCGCACCAUCUCCGUCCUCAAAGCCCACAACAUCACCUCGUCCUUCUAUACCCAUCAAGCUCGCAAGUUCAGGAACUCUGACUUUAAAGAGUUUGACUACAUCUUCCCUAUGGACAGGAAUAAUGAGCAGCAUUUGGUUGAUGCGAGGAAGCGGUUGAUUAAGAAGGGCGAGUUGAAGGAGGAAGAGGCGGGACAGGUCAUGCUGUUUGGUGUCUGGGGUGGUAAGGGUAAGGAGGAAGUGGAUGAUCCUUAUUAUGGCGGUUCGAGGGGUUUUGACAUCGCCUAUGAGCAGGUCGAGAGGUUUUCGAAUGGCUUUGUCAAGAUGUUGGAGGAGCGCAAGUAG